GGAAAGGAUGGGGUCUGUGCACAUUCCCGGGCUGAUCUUACUCUCUCUCUCUCUCUCUCUGGAGGAGGAAACUACUCACCAUGAAGCUGCUCUUGUGCCUGUGCCUAGCUCUUUCUUUGUGCCUUGCUGAUCAUCAGGGGACUCAUGAGCACGGAGAUCAACAUAAAGACGAACAUGACCGCUGCAAAGUAAGCGAGUUUGACGCUGCUUCCACCAGCGAGGAGGGAAUCCCUUACUUCUUCAAGGGUGACCAUGUGUGGAAGGGUUUCCAUGGCGCCCCUCAUGACUUGAAGGACGUCUUCCCCGAACUGGGUGCUCACCAUCAUGUUGACGCAGCUUUCCGUCUCCACACCAGCGAAAAUCACACCCACCAUGACGACGUCUACAUCUUUGAGGACGAAAAAGUCUACGUCUAUGACCAUCACAAGUUAGAGGAGGGGUACCCUAAAAAUAUCAAAGAUUUGUUUCCUGGGAUCCCUGAUCACAUAGACGCAGCGGUGUGGUGCCCAAAAGAAGACUGCCACGCUGACACUAUUAUCUUCUUCAAAGAUCACCAUAUCUACCACUUUGACGUGCACAGCCACAAAACUGAGGAGAAAGACUUCAAAGGCAUGCCCAACUGCACCGCUGCUAUCCACUACCUGGGCAGUUACUACUGUUUCCAUGGACAUGAGUUCUCCCAGUUUGACCCCGAGACAGGAAAGGUCCAUGGGAAAUACCCCAAGGAGAUUCGCAGCUAUUUCAUGAGGUGUUCCGACUUUGGUGACAAGACUGAGGAGCAGCACAUUGAGAGAGAGCAAUGCAGCCGUGUACACGUCGACGCCCUCACUGCUCACGGCGACGAUGUUGUCUACGCUUUCAGGGGCCACUACGUCCUCAGCAGAGAUGCAGACAAGUUUCACGUUGAUACCAUCGAGAAAGAAUUCAAGGACGUGCACAGCGAAGUGGACACCGUCUUUACUCAUGGUGACCACUUCCACAUUGUCAAGGGUGACCAGGUGUAUGCCUACAAGCGUGGAGAGCCACACGCCCUCAUGGAAGGAUAUCCUAAACCCGUGAAUGUUGACUUGGGAAUUGAGCCACCUAUUGAAGCAGCCUUCAUUUGUGGAACAGAGAACAUUGCUUACGUCAUUAAAGAUCAUAAAAUCUACUCUGUGGACGUGUCCGUUGAGCCCCGGGCUGCUGGAGAAGGAGUGUCCCUCCCCCUCCUUAAGAAAGUCGAUGCUGCCAUGUGUAGCAGCAAGGGUGUCACCGUCGUGGUCGGUGGCCACUUCUACCACUACGAAAGCCCCAAAACACUCAUGGCUGCCAGAGACCUCCCUGAACGUCACAGGGUGGCCCAGGAGCUUCUGGGCUGUGACCACUAGAGGGCGCCAGAUAUAGCAAAAGAGAGACAACGUGAGAGGAAAAGGAAAUAAAUGCCAGCAACACAACAGCUGAAGGAAAAAAAAACAAACAAAAAACCCAACUUUGUCAUUCUCAGGAAUGAAACGAUAAUUCGGGCACAGUUUCUCGCUUUGGAGGCCCGUUCUCUCACUAAUGUCUUUCUCAGCUUCAGUUUAUAGUCUUCACUACCUCUGCUAAAUGGCUCCUCUUAACAUGCCCCUCCUGUCUCCUUAGCACACAGACACAAGCACACACACACACAUAUGCAGGUGUCUUCUGCCGAUGUGCAGUGAUAUGUCUCAGCUCUGUGUGCCCAUAACCCCCUAAAGUGUCCCUGUCAGUACUAAAUGACUGUGCUAUUACUGAGACUCAAAAAACGAAAGCUGCAUGUACAAUGUGUGGUUAUUGAAUAAACCUAACUUGCACCAUU